AUGGCGAAGAAGAAGAUUAUCAUUGAUACCGAUCCGGGCAUCGAUGACAUCCUCGCCCUCCUGCUGGCCCUGUCCGCCAGCCCAGAGGAGGUUGAGGUGCUGCUCAUCUCGCUGACGUUUGGCAACAUCGAAGUGCGGAACUGCCUCCGCAAUGUCGUUUCUAUGUUCCAUAUUCUUGAGCGCGAGAUGCAGUGGCGCCGCGACAAAGGGCAGCCUGAGGGCUUUGGCGCCCUGCGGGCCUUCAAGCCCACCGUCGCGGUGGGCGCAGAGGACCCCCUUGAAGACCAGAAGAUGCUGGCGGAUUACUUCCAUGGAACGGACGGGCUCGGGGGUAUCCAUGCCAGUCAUCCGCACUUAACCCCCGCUCAAGCCUGGGAACAUCUGUUUGAUCCCAUUACCAGAGACGAUGGGAUCGAAGCUGUCCAGACCGGCGGUGCCAUUGACGAACACAUGUUCAUCCCGUCGAAAAAGCCCGCACACGAGGAGAUUCUGCGCGCGUUGCGCGACAAUGAACCCGACACGGUCACGCUCGUUGCCGUCGGCCCCCUCACGAAUCUAGCACUGGCGGCAGCGCAGGACCCCGAGACCUUCCUGCGCGUGAAGGAAGUGGUUGUCAUGGGUGGUACGGUGAACGUGCCCGGCAAUGUCACGCCAAUGGGCGAAUUCAACACCUACGCCGACGCCGUCGCCGCAGCACGAGUCUUCGCUCUAACCUCACCAAACCCACAGACGACUCUCCCGCCAACGACCAGCGUGCGCCUCCCGCCCUACCCCAAGAACCUAAGCCGACCACUGACGCUACGACUCUUCCCACUGGACAUCACGCUGCGUCACAACCUCUCGCGCGGCGCGUUCCGGAAGACGGUCUCCCCACUCGUCGACGCCGGCUCCCCGCUCGCCGAAUGGGUCUCCGCCUUUAUGGGGCACACCUUCCGCACCCUGGAGCGCCUGCACCCCGGGCAUGUCGGCGAUGACGCACAGCUGAGUCUGCAUGACCCCGUGUGCGUGUGGUACGCGCUGACAGCCGAGGAUCCGCACUGGGUGGCGUCGGACUCCUCGCCUGAGGAUAUCCGGGUCGAGACGCAGGGUCAGUGGACGCGGGGUAUGUGUGUUGUUGAUCGAAGGAGUCGGCACCGUGUUGAGGGUGAUGAGGAGAGCUCGAGUGAUCAUGGCUUGUGGCUGAGUCGGCGCGCUGGGAAUCGGAUUCUGAGGAUGCAUGGUUCGCCUGCAGAGACGACGUUUGGGCAGAUUAUUCUGCAGAAAUUGUUUGGGAUGCAAUUACAUGUGUACCGGUUGAUCGUGUGCCUGGCCGCCCUGGCCCCCACCGUGGUCGCCAUGCCCCAUCGCUCAGGUCCGUACCACGGGAUCCGCCUGCCCGUGCACGUUUCCUCCAACGGGACCAACGCAACCACCAGCGCCCAUAACGGCACGACUACCAAUCAUCCGGGGUCGCCCAUGACCACGACCCACGGGCAUGGCAAGAACAGCACGGAACCCCACCGCCACGACGCCAAUGUUGAGGAUGUGAUGCAAUGCCGGGAAUUAUGUACCCUGGCGGUCGAGACGUGCGUCGUGGCCGGGCCUGCGGACAAAGUGUUCUGGUAA